GCUCGGCGGAGAUAAAAGGACGUGACUCCAGCCCGUUGCGCGCGCAGACGUCACGUCAUCCCGACAGCAGACAGCGAGGACAGCAUCCCAUCAGACAACAUGGUGAAAAUUGGAAUCAAUGGAUUCGGGCGUAUCGGCCGCCUGGUGACCCGCGCUGCAGCCGCAGGUGGUAAAGUGGAGGUCGUGGCCAUCAACGACCCCUUCAUCGACCUGGACUACAUGGUCUACAUGUUUAAAUACGACUCCACUCAUGGAACCUGGAAACACGGAGAGGUGAAAGCUGACGGGGGCAAGCUGGUCAUCGGCAACAUGCACAUCACCGUCUUCCAUGAGAGGGAUCCCGCCAACAUCAAAUGGAGCGACGCUGGCGUGGACUACGUGGUGGAGUCGACUGGUGUGUUCACCACCAUUGAGAAGGCCUCUGCUCAUUUGACGGGCGGCGCUAAGAGGGUGGUGAUCUCGGCCCCCAGCGCCGACGCGCCCAUGUUCGUUAUGGGAGUCAACCACGACAAAUACGACAACUCCAUGAAGGUGGUCAGCAACGCGUCCUGCACAACCAACUGCUUGGCUCCUCUCGCCAAGGUCAUCAAUGACAACUUUGGCAUCAUUGAGGGUCUUAUGAGCACAGUCCACGCAGUCACCGCCACGCAGAAGACGGUGGACGGGCCGUCGGGGAAGCUGUGGAGAGACGGACGCGGUGCUUCCCAGAACGUCAUCCCCGCCUCCACCGGCGCCGCCAAGGCCGUCGGCAAGGUGAUCCCCGAGCUCAACGGAAAGCUGACCGGUAUGGCGUUCCGUGUCCCCACCCCCAACGUGUCCGUCGUUGACCUGACUGUCCGUUUAGAGAAGCCCGGGAACUAUGAGGACAUCAAGAAGGUUGUCAAGGCGGCUGCAGAAGGACCCCUGAAGGGCAUUCUGGGAUACACUGAAGAUCAGGUUGUGUCCUCAGACUUCAACGGUGACAGUCACUCCUCCAUCUUUGACGCUAGUGCUGGCAUCGCUCUCAACGACCACUUUGUCAAGUUGGUUUCAUGGUAUGAUAAUGAGUUUGGCUACAGCAACCGUGUGUGCGACCUGAUCCAGCAUAUGUUCACCAAAGAGUAAAGAUGUGACCCGGCUGCUUCUGCUUCCUCGUCUCCACCUGCAUCAUCCGCCCUGGAUCUGGGCCAAACUCACUUCUGGGCUCGUCAGCAUCCGUGGCCGUCCCGGUUUCCUCAUCACCGAACUGCAACUCACUGAAUGUUCCACUAAACCUGCAGUGUCUUCUUUGCACUUAAUAAAGAACCUCGUGUGACAGUG